AUGACAACACCUGCGACCGAGCACGAGACCGCGCUCCAAAGUACGGCCCUUGCACCAACGGUGCCAGUUCCUGCAUCAGCACUACCACAAGCAUCACCGUUCAAUCGUCUUGAUGAGAAGGACAUGCAAAGCGCCACGGCGCUCGGGCUGCUGCUUCCAGACUUGCCCGUGACUACUGACGCACUGGUGCCCGACUUUGGCGUAGCGUACGAUAAAAAGGGCGGCAACCGAAUAACCGGUUGCUGUACCGACGUUUUUACCAGUCAACGGGCGUUGCAAGAACGGUGCAAAGAGUUUGCGAUGCAGCGCGGUUUCCAGCUGGUUGUAUCCAGUAGUAGCACGCGACCGAAUGGUGGGGGCAACGUCAAAUACCGGUGCAAGAAACUGCACGGCCAGCAGUUUUUCGACGCGACAACACCGGCCCGUGACCUGCAGUGCCCUUUUUAUAUCAAUGGCUACGGGAAAAACCAACAGUGGAAGAUUACGCGCGCCUGUUUUCUGCACAAUCAUUACAAGUUCAUUGGCUCGCGAGUAGCGCCACCGGUAUUGCCGUCUCCGAUACAAGUCACAGCGACUACAAGUGCAACGUCUGACACGGCUCAGCAUCGACUAGAAGUCCCUUCCGGGGUAUUGUUGAGUAUGAAUGCAGGGAGGCAGGUGGGCGAGCAGCAGCAGCAGGAGGAGCAGGGAAAUGGUCCAUUGUUGCGAUCAACAAAACAUGAAGUACUGGCUGCAGGAGCUGGAGCCGGAACUGAAGCUGGAUGUGGUGUUUCUGCUACAGCCAUUGGUGUUGGUGGUGAAGGUGGUAGCGUGACUAGUUCGCCGAGCGAGCGAAUUAAAUCGCAACGGAAUACGACCAUGUCGAUGAAGACACUGUGUCGCUUGGUGCUGGACGAAGUGAACAAAUACCCGACAUCGGACGUUAUGCAGGCCAAGUUGGAUGGAAAAAUGAUCCGACGAAUUUUGCUGGGACAGGGACAUACUAUCAACAACAUGAUGUCGUCUCGCAUCAAGCGACAGUUUCAAGAAGACAGACUAACGAACGUACGGAUAUCGUUUCAGAAACUGUGCGGGUACUUCAAUGUUGUUGCGCAAAAGAAUCCAGGCUCACAACAUUGCGUCGAGCAAAAAGACGACGGCACGUUCACGCGCGCACUGUUCAUUUCGAGUGCAACACUGACUGCUGUAAAGUACUGUCGCAAGAUCGUGUCGCUGGAUCAUGUCACAUACAGUCACAAACCGCCAAAAAUACUAUCGGGGCAACUGGGGAAACUUGGUAGCGGCGAGAACGACGACAUGAUUUGCGGGGUCUAUCUGAAGGCCUCCACGAAGGACUUCAAUGAUAAAGUGAUCACUUUUGCACUUGCGCUUGUGACUGAAGAGAACCAAUUGAACUGGGAAUGGUUCUUGCACGCGCUGCAGGAUACAGAAGCGGUUGAUUGGAAUGAGUACACGGUGAUUGCAGGGCGUACCCGUGGUUUGCAGACGGCUAUUCAAACCGCGUGGCCUCGAGCGAGCCAUCACUAUUGUAUGCGCCGUGUUGUUGAAGACGAGCUAAUGAUGGGCAAAAACAUUCCCAUGACUCGUGAUCAGAAGCAACGCAUCUUCGAUCUGGCGCGGAGUGAGAGUGAAACGGACUACGAUGCAAUGCGCAAGACUCUUGUUCGCACGAACGAAGCAGCUGUGGCGUACUUGGACAAAUUCGAUCGCAAACACUGGGUAAAAUACGCGUUCCUCGAGGCGUUCCGGCGGCCUACAUUUAACGAGCUUACGUCGGACCUAUCAACGGUAUGUGGGAGCGACGAGCUCUUCUCGCAGUACGCAAGCGCUAGUCACAUCGCAUGGUUCGGUGAAGAUCCCAUUUGUAGCUCGCAACCUCUCUAUACCUUCAAUCAGUACUUUAUGAAGAUCGCUGAAAUCUUCCACCAGCGCCGCGAGUCCGUGAAGGCACGUCCCGUGCACGAACUUGUCCCGCUUCGAGACGCGCAGCUACAGCAGAUUUUGCAAGGAAGCCAGCGCUGCGAGUCGAUUCCGUGCGCAAGCAAACUCUACAUGGUGCGAUGCCUGGGUCCCACGCCGUCAAAAACUCCAGACAGUUGGCGUCACGUGAACCUUGCCGAUUGGGAGUGCACGUGUCAGGCUUGGCAAGAUCAGCAGUUUCCAUGCUUGCAUGCGAUCCACGCUGCAGAGUUAGAGCAGCUCCGCAUCGAUUCGCUGUACCACGCCAAACAGAACUCGAUCGAGAACUAUUUGAGUUGCUAUGCGACUUCGUUCACGCCCUGGCCCGUGGAUGCAUCGCCGAUUCAGAUCGAGGUGUCAAUGAAGUCGCCGCUUGACUUUUACUUUUCUGCAGAUGGCUUCGGUCGACGCAAGAAACCCGGCCCGCGCCCCAAGCUUGCAAAAAACUCGUAG